CAUAAUUAGAAGUUAUCAUGCUUGCUUUGGUUAGGCGCUGACCAACAACCGCAUUCCAACGCAUUUGGCGGGAGCGUCGCAGUAAAGCUAUCCAUGCACCAUAAUGCACAAACACAUAUGGAAACAGAUGAAACGCCUCUCCAUCCCUCCGGUCUUCUGCCCGAACCGCAGCCUACCUGCCUCCCGCCACCUCCACCGCAGCCACCCGCCUCCCAUGCCGGCCCCCUCGCAGCUCCCCACCCUCCCACCUCCCACCCACCACCCCACCUAAACACACCCAUGGACCCCAGCUGCCCACCCCUACCACCUCCACCACCACCGCUCCCUCCACCACCACCAGCUGCAUCCUCUUUACCACCUCCACCUCAGCCCCCAACCACCACCACCACCGCGCCUCCCUCUCCCUCCCUGGACUUCCUCAGUCCCCGCUUCGACCCUCUCCGAGCGCUGCACACCCCCGGCCUGGUGCCCCCGCUACCCGGCGUGAGGCCGCUGGACAACGUGUCGCAGUGCCGCAAGCUGCUGCCGGGCGCGCAGCUGCAACCCGCACCGCAGCCCGCCAACGAGGAGUCCCGCAAAAAGCACGAGCGCUUCAAAGAGGCCGCGCUGCGCCUCCGGGAGCGCAUCCACACCUCCACCACCGUCUCCCUGGCAGGCGUGCUGGCGGCCGCAGCCGCAGCCUCCCCCGGCCCCAUGCAGGCGUUCAGCCGCUGGCAUGCGGCCGGGGCGCGGGUCAGCGUCACCACACGCCAUGCAAGCGGGGUACGGGGCUGCGCCACUGGGGUGCUGGCCGCGUACGACAGGUACAUGAAUGUCGUACUGCGUGACGUCACGGAGCAGUACACGGUGGUUGUACGGCAGGUGAAGGAAUGGACGAGAC